AUGGACUUCAACUUGCACAACUUGGGUCAUGUUGGACCGUCCUUCGCCAAGAACAGUGGAGGACUCAAGAGUCAAUCUGCUGAGGGAGGACUGCAAGGCAUCAGGAUUAGCACACGGCACCUCAAGAUCAAACCUGGCAAACCAGGCACAACUUGUGACCCAAGCACCCUCAAUAUCACAGGCCCCACAGAAGGCCAAGGCGCCCCUGGAGUUCCAGGCACCCAUGGCCCAGGCCCCCCACACAGCCGAGACAACCCUGAAAACACAGACCGAAAAAAAUAUCCAAGCAACACAGAGACCGAAGGCAGCCCAAGUACCACAAACCCAACAGACAGCGCGAGCACCACAGGUCCAACAACAAGCUUAAGCACCACAGGUACCACAGAGAGCUCAAACACAGCAGAAACAACAGAGAGCACUGACACUGCAGAUACCACAGGCAGCCCAAAUACAACAACUCCAACAGACAGCGCUGACACCACAGGUCACACAGACAGCAGUGACACAACCAUAACAGGUCCCACAGACAGCUCAAGCACACCAGGUACCACAGGCACUGCAAACAGCCCAAGUACAACGAUUCCAACAAAUAGUGCUAGCACAACAGGCCCAACUGAAAGCCCAAGCAGCACAAUUCUCACAGACAGCACUGAUACAGCUCGCACAACAGACAGCCCAGACAUCAUCAUCACCACGAGCACCACAGGUCCAACAGGUAGCCAAAGUACCACAGAACCCACAGACAGCACCGACACUUUAAGCGCCACAAGCGGCCUAAGUACCACAAACCCAACGGCCAGCGCGAGCACCACAGGCCCAACAGACAGCCCAAGCCCCACGGGUACCACAGAGAGCUCAAGCACAGUAGACACGACAGAGAGCACUGACACUACAGAUACCACAGGCAGCCCAAGUACAACAACUCCAACAGAUAGCGCUGACACCACAGGUUCCACAGACAGCAAUGACACAACUGACACAGGUCCCACAGACAGUGUCAGCACCACAAGCACACCUACCGGCCCAAGAACCACCACAGGUCCAACAGACAGCUCAAGCACCACAGGCCCCACAGACAGCACCGACACUGCAAGCGCCACAAGCAGUCAAAGUACCACAAACCCAGAGAGCGGUAGCACCACAGGUCCCGCAGACAGCACCGACACUGCAAGCGCCACAAGCAGCCCAAGUACCACAAACUCAGACAGCGCGAGCACCACAGGCCCAACAGGCAUCCCAAGCACCAUAGGCUCCACAGGCAGCACUGACACUGCAAGUGCCACAAGCAGCCCAAGUACAACAAUUCCAACAGACAGUGCUAGCGCAACAGGCCCAACAGCUAGUCUAAGCACCACAGGUCCAACAGAGAGCUCAAGCACAUCAGGCACGACAGAGAGAACUGACACUUCAGGUACCAUAGACAGCCGAAGUACAACUCCAACAGACAGCUCAAGCACACCAGGUACCACAGGCACUGCAAACAGCCCAAGUACAACGAUUCCAACAGACAGUGCUAGCACUACAGGCCCAACAGCCAGUCUAAGCACCACAGGUCCAACAGAGAGCUCAAGCACAUCAGGUACGACAGAGAGAACUGACACUUCAGGUACCAUAGACAGCCAAAGUACAACAACUCCAACAGACAGCUCAAGCACACCAGGUACCACAGGCACUGCAAACAGCCCAAGUACAACGAUUCCAACAAACAGUGCUAGCACCACAGUUCCAACUGGAAGCCCAAGCAGCACGAUUCUCACAGACAGCACUGAUACAGCUCGCACAACAGACAGCCCAGACAUCAUCAUCACCCCGAGCACCACAGGCCCAACAGGUAGCCAAAGUACCACAGGCCCCACAGACAGCAGCGACACUGCAAGCGCCACAAGCAGCCUAAGUACCACAAGUACCACAGACAGCAGUGACACAACCGGAACAGGUUCCACAGAUAGUCUCAGCACCAUGAGCACACCUACCGGCCCAAGAACCACCACAGGCCCAACAGACAGCUCAAGCACACCAGGUACCACAGGCACUGCAAACAGCCCAAGUACAACGACUCCAACAAACAGUGCUAGCACCACAGGCCCCACAGACAGCCAAAGUACCACAGGCCCCACAGACAGCAGCAACACUGCAAGCGCCACAAGCAGCCUAAGUACCACAAGUACCACAGACAGCAGUGACACAACCGGAACAGGUUCCACAGACAGUCUCAGCACCAUGAGCACACCUUCUAGCCCAAGGACCACCACAGGCCCAACAGACAGCUCAAGCACACCAGGUACCACAGGCACUGCAAACAGCCCAAGUACAACGACUCCAACAAACAGUGCUAGCACCACAGGCCCCACAGACAGCAGUGACACAACCACCACAGGCCCAACAACCAGUCUAAGCACCACAGGUCCAACAGACAGCUCAAGCACAUCAGGCACGACAGAGAGAACUGACACUUCAGGUACCAUAGACAGCCCAAGUACAACAACUCCAACAGAGAGCUCAAGCACAUCAGGCACGACAGAGAGAACUGACACUUCAGGUACCAUAGACAGCCGAAGUACAACAACUCCAACAGACAGCUCAAGCACACCAGGUACCACAGGCACUGCAAACAGCCCAAGUACAACGACUCCAACAAACAGUGCUAGCACCACAGGCCCCUCAGACAGCCAAAGUACCACAGGCCCCACAGACAGCAGCGACACUGCAAGUGCCACAAGCAGCCUAAGUACCACAAGUACCACAGACAGCAGUGACACAACCGGAACAGUUUCCACAGACAGUCUCAGCACCAUGAGCACACCUUCUAGCCCAAGGACCACCACAGGCCCAACAGACAGCUCAAGCACACCAGGUACCACAGGCACUGCAAACAGCCCAAGUACAACGAUUCCAACAAACAGUGCUAGCACCACAGGCCCAACUGGAAACCCAAGCAGCACGAUUCUCACAGACAGCACUGAUACAGCUCGCACAACAGACAGCCCAGACAUCAUUAUCAGCCCGAGCACCACAGGCCCAACAGGUAGCCAAAGUACCACAGGCCCCACAGACAGCAGCGACACUGCAAGCGCCACAAGCAGCCUAAGUACCACAAGUACCACAGACAGCAGUGACACAACCGGAACAGUUUCCACAGACAGUCUCAGCACCAUGAGCACACCUUCUAGCCCAAGGACCACCACAGGCCCAACAGACAGCUCAAGCACACCAGGUACCACAGGCACGGCAAACAGCCCAAGUACAACGAUUCCAACAGACAGUGCUAGCACUACAGGCUCAACAGCCAGUCUAAGCACCACAGGUCCAACAGACAGCUCAAGCACACCAGGUACCACAGGCACUGCAAACAGCCCAAGUACAACAAUUCCAACAAACAGUGCUAGCACAACAGGCCCAACUGGAAACCCAAGCAGCACGAUUCUCACAGACAGCACUGAUACAGCUCGCACAACAAACAGCCCAGACAUCAUCAUCACCCCGAGCACCACAGGCCCAACAGGUAGCCAAAGUACCACAGGCCCCACAGACAGCAGCGACACUGCAAGCGCCACAAGCAGCCUAAGUACCGCAAGUACCACAGACAGCAGUGACACAACCGGAACAGGUUCCACAGACAGUCUCAGCACCAUGAGCACACCUUCUAGCCCAAGGACCACCACAGGCCCAACAGACAGCUCAAGCACACCAGGUACCACAGGCACUGCAAACAGCCCAAGUACAACGACUCCAACAAACAGUGCUAGCACCACAGGCCCCACAGACAGCAGUGACACAACCACCACAGGCCCAACAACCAGUCUAAGCACCACAGGUCCAACAGAGAGCUCAAGCACAUCAGGCACGACAGAGAGAACUGACACUUCAGGUACCAUAGACAGCCGAAGUACAACAACUCCAACAGAGAGCUCAAGCACAUCAGGCACGACAGAGAGAACUGACACUUCAGGUACCAUAGACAGCCGAAGUACAACAACUCCAACAGACAGCUCAAGCACACCAGGUACCACAGGCACUGCAAACAGCCCAAGUACAACGACUCCAACAAACAGUGCUAGCACCACAGGUCCCUCAGACAGCCAAAGUACCACAGGCCCCACAGACAGCAGCGACACUGCAAGCGCCACAAGCAGCCUAAGUACCACAAGUACCACGGACAGCAGUGACACAACCGGAACAGUUUCCACAGACAGUCUCAGCACCAUGAGCACACCUUCUAGCCCAAGGACCACCACAGGCCCAACAGAAAGCUCAAGCACACCAGGUACCACAGGCACUGCAAACAGCCCAAGUACAACGAUUCCAACAGACAGUGCUAGCACUACAGGCCCAACAGCCAGUCUAAGCACCACAGGUCCAAUAGAGAGCUCAAGCACAUCAGGUACGACAGAGAGAACUGACACUUCAGGUACCAUAGACAGCCAAAGUACAACAACUCCAACAGACAGCUCAAGCACACCAGGUACCACAGGCACCACAAACAGCCCAAGUACAACGACUCCAACAAACAGUGCUAGCACCACAGGCCCCUCAGACAGCCAAAGUACCACAGGCCCCACGGACAGCAGCGACACUGCAAGUGCCACAAGCAGCCUAAGUACCACAAGUACCACGGACAGCAGUGACACAACCGGAACAGUUUCCACAGACAGUCUCAGCACCAUGAGCACACCUUCUAGCCCAAGGACCACCACAGGCCCAACAGACAGCUCAAGCACACCAGGUACCACAGGCACUGCAAACAGCCCAAGUACAACGACUCCAACAAACAGUGCUAGCACCACAGGCCCCACAGACAGCAGUGACACAACCACCACAGGCCCAACAACCAGUCUAAGCACCACAGGUCCAACAGAGAGCUCAAGCACAUCAGGCACGACAGAGAGAACUGACACUUCAGGUACCAUAGACAGCCGAAGUACAACAACUCCAACAGACAGCUCAAGCACACCAGGUACCACAGGCACUGCAAACAGCCCAAGUACAACGAUUCCAACAAACAGUGCUAGCACCACAGGCCCAACAGGUAGCCAAAGUACCACAGGCCCCACAGACAGCAGCGACACUGCAAGCGCCACAAGCAGCCUAAGUACCACAAGUACCACAGACAACAGUGACACAACCGGAACAGUUUCCACAGACAGUCUCAGCACCAUGAGCACAUCUUCUAGCCCAAGGACCACCACAGGCCCAACAGACAGCUCAAGCACACCAGGUACCACAGGCACUGCAAACAGCCCAAGUACAACGACUCCAACAAACAGUGCUAGCACCACAGGCCCCUCAGACAGCCAAAGUACCACAGGCCCCACAGACAGCAGCGACACUGUAAGUGCCACAAGCAGCCUAAGUACCACAAGUACCACAGACAGCAGUGACACAACCGGAACAGUUUCCACAGACAGUCUCAGCACCAUGAGCACACCUUCUAGCCCAAGGACCACCACAGGCCCAACAGACAGCUCAAGCACACCAGGUACCACAGGCACUGCAAACAGCCCAAGUACAACGAUUCCAACAAACAGUGCUAGCACCACAGGCCCAACUGGAAACCCAAGCAGCACGAUUCUCACAGACAGCACUGAUACAGCUCGCACAACAGACAGCCCAGACAUCAUUAUCAGCCCGAGCACCACAGGCCCAACAGGUAGCCAAAGUACCACAGGCCCCACAGACAGCAGCGACACUGCAAGCGCCACAAGCAGCCUAAGUACCACAAGUACCACAGACAGCAGUGACACAACCGGAACAGUUUCCACAGACAGUCUCAGCACCAUGAGCACACCUUCUAGCCCAAGGACCACAACAGGCCCAACAGACAGCUCAAGCACACCAGGUACCACAGGCACUGCAAACAGCCCAAGUACAACGACUCCAACAAACAGUGCUAGCACCACAGGCCCCUCAGACAGCCAAAGUACCACAGGCCCCACAGACAGCAGCGACACUGCAAGCGCCACAAGCAGCCUAAGUACAACAAGUACCACAGACAGCAGUGACACAACCGGAACAGUUUCCACAGACAGUCUCAGCACCAUGAGCACACCUUCUAGCCCAAGGACCACCACAGGCCCAACAGACAGCUCAAGCACACCAGGUACCACAGGCACUGCAAACAGCCCAAGUACAACGACUCCAACAAACAGUGCUAGCACCACAGACCCCACAGACAGCAGUGACACAACCACCACAGGCCCAACAACCAGUCUAAGCACCACAGGUCCAACAGAGAGCUCAAGCACAUCAGGCACGACAGAGAGAACUGACACUUCAGGUACCAUAGACAGCCGAAGUACAACAACUCCAACAGACAGCUCAAGCACACCAGGUACCACAGGCACUGCAAACAGCCCAAGUACAACGAUUCCAACAAACAGUGCUAGCACCACAGGCCCAACAGGUAGCCAAAGUACCACAGGCCCCACAGACAGCAGCGACACUGCGAGCGCCACAAGCAGCCUAAGUACCACAAGUACCACAGACAGCAGUGACACAACCGGAACAGUUUCCACAGACAGUCUCAGCACCAUGAGCACACCUUCUAUCCCAAGGACCACCACAGGCCCAACAGACAGCUCAAGCACACCAGGUACCACAGGCACUGCAAACAGCCCAAGUACAACAAUUCCAACAAACAGUGCUAGCACAACAGGCCCAACUGGAAACCCAAGCAGCACGAUUCUCACAGACAGCACUGAUACAGCUCGCACAACAAACAGCCCAGACAUCAUCAUCACCCCGAGCACCACAGGCCCAACAGGUAGCCAAAGUACCACAGGCCCCACAGACAGCAGCGACACUGCAAGCGCCACAAGCAGCCUAAGUACCACAAGUACCACAGACAGCAGUGACACAACCGGAACAGUUUCCACAGACAGUCUCAGCACCAUGAGCACACCUUCUAGCCCAAGGACCACCACAGGCCCAACAGACAGCUCAAGCACACCAGGUACCACAGGCUCUGCAAACAGCCCAAGUACAACGACUCCAACAAACAGUGCUAGCACCACAGGCCCCACAGACAGCAGUGACACAACCACCACAGGCCCAACAACCAGUCUAAGCACCACAGGUCCAACAGAGAGCUCAAGCACAUCAGGCACGACAGUGAGAACUGACACUUCAGGUACCAUAGACAGCCGAAGUACAACAACUCUAACAGACAGCUCAAGCACACCAGUUACCACAGGCACUGCAAACAGCCCAAGUACAACGACUCCAACAAACAGUGCUAGCACCACAGGCCCAACAGGUAGCCAAAGUACCACAGGCCCCACAGACAGCAGCGACACUGCAAGCGCCACAAGCAGCCUAAGUACCACAAGUACCACAGACAGCAGUGACACAACCGGAACAGUUUCCACAGACAGUCUCAGCACCAUGAGCACACCUUCUAGCCCAAGGACCACCACAGGCCCAACAGACAGCUCAAGCACACCAGGUACCACAGGCACUGCAAACAGCCCAAGUACAACAAUUCCAACAAACAGUGCUAGCACAACAGGCCCAACUGGAAACCCAAGCAGCACGAUUCUCACAGACAGCACUGAUACAGCUCGCACAACAAACAGCCCAGACAUCAUCAUCACCCCGAGCACCACAGGCCCAACAGGUAGCCAAAGUACCACAGGCCCCACAGACAGCAGCGACACUGCAAGCGCCACAAGCAGCCUAAGUACCACAAGUACCACAGACAGCAGUGACACAACCGGAACAGUUUCCACAGACAGUCUCAGCACCAUGAGCACACCUUCUAGCCCAAGGACCACCACAGGCCCAACAGACAGCUCAAGCACACCAGGUACCACAGGCACUGCAAACAGCCCAAGUACAACGACUCCAACAAACAGUGCUAGCACCACAGGCCCCACAGACAGCAGUGACACAACCACCACAGGCCCAACAACCAGUCCAAGCACCACAGGUCCAACAGAGAGCUCAAGCACAUCAAGCACGACAGAGAGAACUGACACUUCAGGUACCAUAGACAGCCGAAGUACAACAACUCCAACAGACAGCUCAAGCACACCAGGUACCACAGGCACUGCAAACAGCCCAAGUACAACGACUCCAACAAACAGUGCUAGCACCACAGGCCCCUCAGACAGCCAAAGUACCACAGGCCCCACAGACAGCAGCGACACUGCAAGCGCCACAAGCAGCCUAAGUACCACAAGUACCACAGACAGCAGUGACACAACCGGAACAGUUUCCACAGACAGUCUCAGCACCAUGAGCACACCUUCUAGCCCAAGGACCACCACAGGCCCAACAGACAGCUCAAGCACACCAGGUACCACAGGCACUGCAAACAGCCCAAGUACAACGACUCCAACAAACAGUGCUAGCACCACAGGCCCCACAGACAGCAGUGACACAACCACCACAGGCCGAACAACCAGUCUAAGCACCACAGGUCCAACAGAGAGCUCAAGCACAUCAGGCACGACAGAAAGAACUGACACUUCAGGUACCAUAGACAGCCGAAGUACAACAACUCCAACAGACAGCUCAAGCACACCAGGUACCACAGGCACUGCAAACAACCCAAGUACAACGACUCCAACAAACAGUGCUAGCACCACAGGCCCAACAGGUAGCCAAAGUACCACAGGCCCCACAGACAGCAGCAACACUGCAAGCGCCACAAGCAGCCUAAGUACCACAAGUACCACAGACAGCAGUGACACAACCGGAACAGUUUCCACAGACAGUCUCAGCACCAUGAGCACACCUUCUAGCCCAAGGACCACCACAGGCCCAACAGACAGCUCAAGCACACCAGGUACCACAGGCACUGCAAACAGCCCAAGUACAACGACUCCAACAAACAGUGCUAGCACCACAGGCCCCACAGACAGCAGUGACACAACCACCACAGGCCCAACAACCAGUCUAAGCACCACAGGUCCAACAGAGAGCUCAAGCACAUCAGGCACGACAGAGAGAACUGACACUUCAGGUACCAUAGACAGCCGAAGUACAACAACUCCAACAGACAGCUCAAGCACACCAGGUACCACAGGCACUGCAAACAGCCCAAGUACAACGACUCCAACAAACAGUGCUAGCACCACAGGCCCAACAGGUAGCCAAAGUACCACAGGCCCCACAGACAGCAGCGACACUGCAAGCGCCACAAGCAGCCUAAGUACCACAAGUACCACAGACAGCAGUGACACAACCGGAACAGUUUCCACAGACAGUCUCAGCACCAUGAGCACACCUUCUAGCCCAAGGACCACCACAGGCCCAACAGACAGCUCAAGCACACCAGGUACCACAGGCACUGCAAACAGCCCAAGUACAACGACUCCAACAAACAGUGCUAGCACCACAGGCCCCACAGACAGCAGUGACACAACCACCACAGGCCCAACAACCAGUCUAAGCACCACAGGUCCAACAGAGAGCUCAAGCACAUCAGGCACGACAGUGAGAACUGACACUUCAGGUACCAUAGACAGCCGAAGUACAACAACUCCAACAGACAGCUCAAGCACACCAGGUACCACAGGCACUGCAAACAGCCCAAGUACAACGACUCCAACAAACAGUGCUAGCACCACAGGCCCAACAGGUAGCCAAAGUACCACAGGCACUGCAAACAGCCCAAGUACAACAAUUCCAACAAACAGUGCUAGCACAACAGGCCCAACUGGAAACCCAAGCAGCACGAUUCUCACAGACAGCACUGAUACAGCUCGCACAACAAACAGCCCAGACAUCAUCAUCACCCCGAGCACCACAGGCCCAACAGGUAGCCAAAGUACCACAGGCCCCACAGACAGCAGCGACACUGCAAGCGCCACCAGCAGCCUAAGUACCACAAGUACCACAGACAGCAGUGACACAACCGGAACAGUUUCCACAGACAGUCUCAGCACCAUGAGCACACCUUCUAGCCCAAGGACCACCACAGGCCCAACAGACAGCUCAAGCACACCAGGUACGACAGGCUCUGCAAACAGCCCAAGUACAACGACUCCAACAAACAGUGCUAGCACCACAGGCCCCACAGACAGCAGUGACACAACCACCACAGGCCCAACAACCAGUCUAAGCACCACAGGUCCAACAGAGAGCUCAAGCACAUCAGGCACGACAGAGAGAACUGACACUUCAGGUACCAUAGACAGCCGAAGUACAACAACUCCAACAGACAGCUCAAGCACACCAGGUACCACAGACACUGCAAACAGCCCAAGUACAACGACUCCAACAAACAGUGCUAGCACCACAGGCCCAACAGGUAGCCAAAGUACCACAGGCCCCACAGACAGCAGCGACACUGCAAGCGCCACAAGCAGCCUAAGUACCACAAGUACCACAGAGAGCAGUGACACAACCGGAACAGUUUCCACAGACAGUCUCAGCACCAUGAGCACACCUUCUAGCCCAAGGACCACCACAGGCCCAACAGACAGCUCAAGCACACCAGGUACCACAGGCACUGCAAACAGCCCAAGUACAACGACUCCAACAAACAGUGCUAGCACCACAGGCCCCACAGACAGCAGUGACACAACCACCACAGGCCCAACAACCAGUUUAAGCACCACAGGUCCAACAGAGAGCUCAAGCACAUCAGGCACGACAGUGAGAACUGACACUUCAGGUACCAUAGACAGCCGAAGUACAACAACUCUAACAGACAGCUCAAGCACACCAGUUACCACAGGCACUGCAAACAGCCCAAGUACAACGACUCCAACAAACAGUGCUAGCACCACAGGCCCAACAGGUAGCCAAAGUACCACAGGCCCCACAGACAGCAGCGACACUGCAAGCGCCACAAGCAGCCUAAGUACCACAAGUACCACAGACAGCAGUGACACAACCGGAACAGUUUCCACAGACAGUCUCAGCACCAUGAGCACACCUUCUAGCCCAAGGACCACCACAGGCCCAACAGACAGCUCAAGCACACCAGGUACCACAGGCACUGCAAACAGCCCAAGUACAACAAUUCCAACAAACAGUGCUAGCACAACAGGCCCAACUGGAAACCCAAGCAGCACGAUUCUCACAGACAGCACUGAUACAGCUCGCACAACAAACAGCCCAGACAUCAUCAUCACCCCGAGCACCACAGGCCCAACAGGUAGCCAAAGUACCACAGGCCCCACAGACAGCAGCGACACUGCAAGCGCCACAAGCAGCCUAAGUACCACAAGUACCACAGACAGCAGUGACACAACCGGAACAGUUUCCACAGACAGUCUCAGCACCAUGAGCACACCUUCUAGCCCAAGGACCACCACAGGCCCAACAGACAGCUCAAGCACACCAGGUACCACAGGCACUGCAAACAGCCCAAGUACAACGACUCCAACAAACAGUGCUAGCACCACAGGCCCCACAGACAGCAGUGACACAACCACCACAGGCCCAACAACCAGUCCAAGCACCACAGGUCCAACAGAGAGCUCAAGCACAUCAGGCACGACAGAGAGAACUGACACUUCAGGUACCAUAGACAGCCGAAGUACAACAACUCCAACAGACAGCUCAAGCACACCAGGUACCACAGGCGCUGCAAACAGCCCAAGUACAACGACUCCAACAAACAGUGCUAGCACCACAGGCCCCUCAGACAGCCAAAGUACCACAGGCCCCACAGACAGCAGCGACACUGCAAGCGCCACAAGCAGCCUAAGUACCACAAGUACCACAGACAGCAGUGACACAACCGGAACAGUUUCCACAGACAGUCUCAGCACCAUGAGCACACCUUCUAGCCCAAGGACCACCACAGGCCCAACAGACAGCUCAAGCACACCAGGUACCACAGGCACUGCAAACAGCCCAAGUACAACGACUCCAACAAACAGUGCUAGCACCACAGGCCCCACAGACAGCAGUGACACAACCACCACAGGCCCAACAACCAGUCUAAGCACCACAGGUCCAACAGAGAGCUCAAGCACAUCAGGCACGACAGUGAGAACUGACACUUCAGGUACCAUAGACAGCCGAAGUACAACAACUCUAACAGACAGCUCAAGCACACCAGGUACCACAGGCACUGCAAACAGCCCAAGUACAACGACUCCAACAAACAGUGCUAGCACCACAGGCCCAACAGGUAGCCAAAGUACCACAGGCCCCACAGACAGCAGCGACACUGCAAGCGCCACAAGCAGCCUAAGUACCACAAGUACCACAGACAGCAGUGACACAACCGGAACAGUUUCCACAGACAGUGUCAGCACCAUGAGCACACCUUCUAGCCCAAGGACCACCACAGGCCCAACAGACAGCUCAAGCACACCAGGUACCACAGGCACUGCAAACAGCCCAAGUACAACGACUCCAACAAACAGUGCUAGCACCACAGGCCCCACAGACAGCAGUGACACAACCACCACAGGCCGAACAACCAGUCUAAGCACCACAGGUCCAACAGAGAGCUCAAGCACAUCAGGCACGACAGAAAGAACUGACACUUCAGGUACCAUAGACAGCCGAAGUACAACAACUCCAACAGACAGCUCAAGCACACCAGGUACCACAGGCACUGCAAACAGCCCAAGUACAACGACUCCAACAAACAGUGCUAGCACCACAGGCCCAACAGGUAGCCAAAGUACCACAGGCCCCACAGACAGCAGCAACACUGCAAGCGCCACAAGCAGCCUAAGUACCACAAGUACCACAGACAGCAGUGACACAACCGGAACAGUUUCCACAGACAGUCUCAGCACCAUGAGCACACCUUCUAGCCCAAGGACCACCACAGGCCCAACAGACAGCUCAAGCACACCAGGUACCACAGGCACUGCAAACAGCCCAAGUACAACGACUCCAACAAACAGUGCUAGCACCACAGGCCCCACAGACAGCAGUGACACAACCACCACAGGCCCAACAACCAGUCUAAGCACCACAGGUCCAACAGAGAGCUCAAGCACAUCAGGCACGACAGAGAGAACUGACACUUCAGGUACCAUAGACAGCCGAAGUACAACAACUCCAACAGACAGCUCAAGCACACCAGGUACCACAGGCACUGCAAACAGCCCAAGUACAACGACUCCAACAAACAGUGCUAGCACCACAGGCCCAACAGGUAGCCAAAGUACCACAGGCCCCACAGACAGCAGCGACACUGCAAGCGCCACAAGCAGCCUAAGUACCACAAGUACCACAGACAGCAGUGACACAACCGGAACAGUUUCCACAGACAGUCUCAGCACCAUGAGCACACCUUCUAGCCCAAGGACCACCACAGGCCCAACAGACAGCUCAAGCACACCAGGUACCACAGGCACUGCAAACAGCCCAAGUACAACGACUCCAACAAACAGUGCUAGCACCACAGGCCCCACAGACAGCAGUGACACAACCACCACAGGCCCAACAACCAGUCUAAGCACCACAGGUCCAACAGAGAGCUCAAGCACAUCAGGCACGACAGUGAGAACUGACACUUCAGGUACCAUAGACAGCCGAAGUACAACAACUCCAACAGACAGCUCAAGCACACCAGGUACCACAGGCACUGCAAACAGCCCAAGUACAACGACUCCAACAAACAGUGCUAGCACCACAGGCCCAACAGGUAGCCAAAGUACCACAGGCACUGCAAACAGCCCAAGUACAACAAUUCCAACAAACAGUGCUAGCACAACAGGCCCAACUGGAAACCCAAGCAGCACGAUUCUCACAGACAGCACUGAUACAGCUCGCACAACAAACAGCCCAGACAUCAUCAUCACCCCGAGCACCACAGGCCCAACAGGUAGCCAAAGUACCACAGGCCCCACAGACAGCAGCGACACUGCAAGCGCCACAAGCAGCCUAAGUACCACAAGUACCACAGACAGCAGUGACACAACCGGAACAGUUUCCACAGACAGUCUCAGCACCAUGAGCACACCUUCUAGCCCAAGGACCACCACAGGCCCAACAGACAGCUCAAGCACACCAGGUACCACAGGCACUGCAAACAGCCCAAGUACAACGACUCCAACAAACAGUGCUAGCACCACAGGCCCCACAGACAGCAGUGACACAACCACCACAGGCCCAACAACCAGUCUAAGCACCACAGGUCCAACAGAGAGCUCAAGCACAUCAGGCACGACAGUGAGAACUGACACUUCAGGUACCAUAGACAGCGGAAGUACAACAACUCUAACAGAAAGCUCAAGCACACCAGGUACCACAGGCACUGCAAACAGCCCAAGUACAACGACUCCAACAAACAAUGCUAGCACCACAGGCCCAACAGGUAGCCAAAGUACCACAGGCCCCACAGACAGCAGCGACACUGCAAGCGCCACAAGCAGCCUAAGUACCACAAGUACCACAGACAGCAGUGACACAACCGGAACAGUUUCCACAGACAGUCUCAGCACCAUGAGCACACCUUCUAGCCCAAGGACCACCACAGGCCCAACAGACAGCUCAAGCACACCAGGUACCACAGGCACUGCAAACAGCCCAAGUACAACGACUCCAACAAACAGUGCUAGCACCACAGGCCCAACAGGUAGCCAAAGUACCACAGGCCCCACAGACAGCAGCGACACUGCAAGCGCCACAAGCAGCCUAAGUACCACAAGUACCACAGACAGCAGUGACACAACCGGAACAGUUUCCACAGACAGUCUCAGCACCAUGAGCACACCUUCUAGCCCAAGGACCACCACAGGCCCAACAGACAGCUCAAGCACACCAGGUACCACAGGCACUGCAAACAGCCCAAGUACAACGACUCCAACAAACAGUGCUAGCACCACAGGCCCCACAGACAGCAGUGACACAACCACCACAGGCCCAACAACCAGUCUAAGCACCACAGGUCCAACAGAGAGCUCAAGCACAUCAGGCACGACAGUGAGAACUGACACUUCAGGUACCAUAGACAGCCGAAGUACAACAACUCCAACAGACAGCUCAAGCACACCAGGUACCACAGGCACUGCAAACAGCCCAAGUACAACGACUCCAACAAACAGUGCUAGCACCACAGGCCCAACAGGUAGCCAAAGUACCACAGGCACUGCAAACAGCCCAAGUACAACAAUUCCAACAAACAGUGCUAGCACAACAGGCCCAACUGGAAACCCAAGCAGCACGAUUCUCACAGACAGCACUGAUACAGCUCGCACAACAAACAGCCCAGACAUCAUCAUCACCCCGAGCACCACAGGCCCAACAGGUAGCCAAAGUACCACAGGCCCCACAGACAGCAGCGACACUGCAAGCGCCACAAGCAGCCUAAGUACCACAAGUACCACAGACAGCAGUGACACAACCGGAACAGUUUCCACAGACAGUCUCAGCACCAUGAGCACACCUUCUAGCCCAAGGACCACCACAGGCCCAACAGACAGCUCAAGCACACCAGGUACCACAGGCACUGCAAACAGCCCAAGUACAAUGACUCCAACAAACAGUGCUAGCACCACAGGCCCCACAGACAGCAGUGACACAACCACCACAGGCCCAACAACCAGUCUAAGCACCACAGGUCCAACAGAGAGCUCAAGCACAUCAGGCACGACAGUGAGAACUGACACUUCAGGUACCAUAGACAGCCGAAGUACAACAACUCUAACAGACAGCUCAAGCACACCAGGUACCACAGGCACUGCAAACAGCCCAAGUACAACGACUCCAACAAACAGUGCUAGCACCACAGGCCCAACAGGUAGCCAAAGUACCACAGGCCCCACAGACAGCAGCGACACUGCAAGCGCCACAAGCAGCCUAAGUACCACAAGUACCACAGACAGCAGUGACACAACCGGAACAGUUUCCACAGACAGUCUCAGCACCAUGAGCACACCUUCUAGCCCAAGGACCACCACAGGCCCAACAGACAGCUCAAGCACACCAGGUACCACAGGCACUGCAAACAGCCCAAGUACAACGACUCCAACAAACAGUGCUAGCACCACAGGCCCCACAGACAGCAGUGACACAACCACCACAGGCCGAACAACCAGUCUAAGCACCACAGGUCCAACAGAGAGCUCAAGCACAUCAGGCACGACAGAAAGAACUGACACUUCAGGAACCAUAGACAGUCGAAGUACAACAACUCCAACAGACAGCUCAAGCACACCAGGUACCACAGGCACUGCAAACAACCCAAGUACAACGACUCCAACAAACAGUGCUAGCACCACAGGCCCAACAGGUAGCCAAAGUACCACAGGCCCCACAGACAGCAGCGACACUGCAAGCGCCACAAGCAGCCUAAGUACCACAAGUACCACAGACAGCAGUGACACAACCGGAACAGUUUCCACAGACAGUCUCAGCACCAUGAGCACACCUUCUAGCCCAAGGACCACCACAGGCCCAACAGACAGCUCAAGCACACCAGGUACCACAGGCACUGCAAACAGCCCAAGUACAACGACUCCAACAAACAGUGCUAGCACCACAGGCCCAACAGGUAGCCAAAGUACCACAGGCCCCACAGACAGCAGCGACACUGCAAGCGCCACAAGCAGCCUAAGUACCACAAGUACCACAGACAGCAGUGACACAACCGGAACAGUUUCCACAGACAGUCUCAGCACCAUGAGCACACCUUCUAGCCCAAGGACCACCACAGGCCCAACAGACAGCUCAAGCACACCAGGUACCACAGGCACUGCAAACAGCCCAAGUACAACGACUCCAACAAACAGUGCUAGCACCACAGGCCCCACAGACAGCAGUGACACAACCACCACAGGCCCAACAACCAGUCUAAGCACCACAGGUCCAACAGAGAGCUCAAGCACAUCAGGCACGACAGUGAGAACUGACACUUCAGGUACCAUAGACAGCCGAAGUACAACAACUCCAACAGACAGCUCAAGCACAGCAGGUACCACAGGCACUGCAAACAGCCCAAGUACAACGACUCCAACAAACAGUGCUAGCACCACAGGCCCAACAGGUAGCCAAAGUACCACAGGCACUGCAAACAGCCCAAGUACAACAAUUCCAACAAACAGUGCUAGCACAACAGGCCCAACUGGAAACCCAAGCAGCACGAUUCUCACAGACAGCACUGAUACAGCUCGCACAACAAACAGCCCAGACAUCAUCAUCACCCCGAGCACCACAGGCCCAACAGGUAGCCAAAGUACCACAGGCCCCACAGACAGCAGCGACACUGCAAGCGCCACAAGCAGCCUAAGUACCACAAGUACCACAGACAGCAGUGACACAACCGGAACAGUUUCCACAGACAGUCUCAGCACCAUGAGCACACCUUCUAGCCCAAGGACCACCACAGGCCCAACAGACAGCUCAAGCACACCAGGUACCACAGGCACUGCAAACAGCCCAAGUAUAACGACUCCAACAAACAGUGCUAGCACCACAGGCCCCACAGACAGCAGUGACACAACCACCACAGGCCCAACAACCAGUCUAAGCACCACAGGUCCAACAGAGAGCUCAAGCACAUCAGGCACGACAGUGAGAACUGACACUUCAGGUACCAUAGACAGCCGAAGUACAACAACUCUAACAGACAGCUCAAGCACACCAGGUACCACAGGCACUGCAAACAGCCCAAGUACAACGACUCCAACAAACAGUGCUAGCACCACAGGCCCAACAGGUAGCCAAAGUACCACAGGCCCCACAGACAGCAGCGACACUGCAAGCGCCACAAGCAGCCUAAGUACCACAAGUACCACAGACAGCAGUGACACAACCGGAACAGUUUCCACAGACAGUCUCAGCACCAUGAGCACACCUUCUAGCCCAAGGACCACCACAGGCCCAACAGACAGCUCAAGCACACCAGGUACCACAGGCACUGCAAACAGCCCAAGUACAACGACUCCAACAAACAGUGCUAGCACCACAGGCCCCACAGACAGCAGUGACACAACCACCACAGGCCCAACAACCAGUCUAAGCACCACAGGUCCAACAGAGAGCUCAAGCACAUCAGGCACGACAGAGAGAACUGACACUUCAGGUACCAUAGACAGCCGAAGUACAACAACUCCAUCAGACAGCUCAAGCACACCAGGUACCACAGGCACUGCAAACAGCCCAAGUACAACGACUCCAACAAACAGUGCUAGCACCACAGGCCCAACAGGUAGCCAAAGUACCACAGGCCCCACAGACAGCAGCGACACUGCAAGCGCCACAAGCAGCCUAAGUACCACAAGUACCACAGACAGCAGUGACACAACCAGAACAGGUUCCACAGACAGUCUCAGCACCAUGAGCACACCUACCGGCCCAAGAACCACCACAGGCCCAACAGACAGCAGCGACACUGCAAGCGCCACAAGCAGCCUAAGUACCACAAGUACCACAGACAGCAGUGACACAACCAGAACAGGUUCCACAGACAGUCUCAGCACCAUGAGCACACCUUCCGGCCCAAGGACCACCACAGGCCCAACAGACAGCUCAAGCACACCAGGUACCACAGGCACUGCAAACAGCCCACGUACAACAAUUCCAACAAACAGUGCUAGCACAACAGGCCCAACUGGAAACCCAAGCAGCACGAUUCUCACAGACAGAACUGAUACAGCUCGCACAACAAACAGCCCAGACAUCAUCAUCACCCCGAGCACCACAGGCCCAACAGGUAGCCAAAGUACCACAGGCCCAACAGAGAGCUCAAGCACAUCAAGCACGACAGAGAGAACUGACACUUCAGGUACCAUAGACAGCCGAAGUACAACAACUCCAACAGACAGCUCAAGCACACCAGGUACCACAGGCACUGCAAACAGCCCAAGUACGACGACUCCAACAAACAGUGCUAGCACCACAGGCCCAACAGGUAGCCAAAGUACCACAGGCCCCACAGACAGCAGCGACACUGCAAGCGCCACAAGCAGCCUAAGUACCACAAGUACCACAGACAGCAGUGACAUAACCGGAACAGUUUCCACAGACAGUCUCAGCACCAUGAGCACACCUUCUAGCCCAAGGACCACCACAGGCCCAACAGACAGCUCAAGCACACCAGGUACCACAGGCACUGCAAACAGCCCAAGUACAACGACUCCAACAAACAGUGCUAGCACCACAGGCCCCACAGACAGCAGUGACACAACCACCACAGGCCCAACAACCAGUCUAAGCACCACAGGUCCAACAGAGAGCUCAAGCACAUCAGGCACGACAGAGAGAACUGACACUUCAGGUACCAUAGACAGCCGAAGUACAACAACUCCAACAGACAGCUCAAGCACACCAAGUACCACAGGCACUGCAAACAGCCCAAGUACAACGACUCCAACAAACAGUGCUAGCACCACAGGCCCAACAGGUAGCCAAAGUACCACAGGCCCCACAGACAGCAGCGACACUGCAAGCGCCACAAGCAGCCUAAGUACCACAAGUACCACAGACAGCAGUGACACAACCGGAACAGUUUCCGCAGACAGUCUCAGCACCAUGAGCACACCUUCUAGCCCAAGGACCACCACAGGCCCAACAGACAGCUCAAGCACACCAGGUACCACAGGCACUGCAAACAGCCCAAGUACAACGACUCCAACAAACAGUGCUAGCACCACAGGCCCCACAGACAACAGUGACACAACCACCACAGGCCCAACAACCAGUCUAAGCACCACAGGUCCAACAGAGAGCUCAAGCACAUCAGGCACGACAGAGAGAACUGACACUUCAGGUACCAUAGACAGCCGAAGUACAACAACUCCAACAGACAGCUCAAGCACACCAGGUACCACAGGCACUGCAAACAGCCCAAGUACAACGACUCCAACAAACAGUGCUAGCACCACAGGCCCAACAGGUAGCCAAAGUACCACAGGCCCCACAGACAGCAGCGACACUGCAAGCGCCACAAGCAGCCUAAGUACCACAAGUUCCACAGACAGCAGUGACACAACCGGAACAGUUUCCACAGACAGUCUCAGCACCAUGAGCACACCUUCUAGCCCAAGGACCACCACAGGCCCAACAGACAGCUCAAGCACACCAGGUACCACAGGCAUUGCAAACAGCCCAAGUACAACAAUUCCAACAAACAGUGCUAGCACAACAGGCCCAACUGGAAACCCAAGCAGCACGAUUCUCACAGACAGCACUGAUACAGCUCGCACAACAAACAGCCCAGACAUCAUCAUCACCCCGAGCACCACAGGCCCAACAGGUAGCCAAAGUACCACAGGCCCCACAGACAGCAGCGACACUGCAAGCGCCACAAGCAGCCUAAGUACCACAAGUACCACAGACAGCAGUGACACAACCGGAACAGUUUCCACAGACAGUCUCAGCACCAUGAGCACACCUUCCAGCCCAAGGACCACCACAGGCCCAACAGACAGCUCAAGCACACCAGGUACCACAGGCUCUGCAAACAGCCCAAGUACAACGACUCCAACAAACAGUGCUAGCACCACAGGCCCCACAGACAGCAGUGACACAACCACCACAGGCCCAACAACCAGUCUAAGCACCACAGGUCCAACAGAGAGCUCAAGCACAUCAGGCACGACAGAGAGAACUGACACUUCAGGUACCAUAGACAGCCGAAGUACAACAACUCCAACAGACAGCUCAAGCACACCAGGUACCACAGGCACUGCAAACAGCCCAAGUACAACGACUCCAACAAACAGUGCUAGCACCACAGGCCCAACAGGUAGCCAAAGUACCACAAGCCCCACAGACAGCAGCGACACUGCAAGCGCCACAAGCAGCCUAAGUACCACAAGUACCACAGACAGCAGUGACACAACCGGAACAGUUUCCACAGACAGUCUCAGCACCAUGAGCACACCUUCUAGCCCAAGGACCACCACAGGCCCAACAGACACCUCAAGCACACCAGGUACCACAGGCACUGCAAACAGCCCAAGUACAACGACUCCAACAAACAGUGCUAGCACCACAGGCCCCACAGACAGCAGUGACACAACCACCACAGGCCCAACAACCAGUCUAAGCACCACAGGUCCAACAGAGAGCUCAAGCACAUCAGGCACGACAGAGAGAACUGACACUUCAGGUACCAUAGACAGCCGAAGUACAACAACUCCAACAGACAGCUCAAGCACACCAGGUACCACAGGCACUGCAAACAGCCCAAGUACAACGACUCCAACAAACAGUGCUAGCACCACAGGCCCAACAGGUAGCCAAAGUACCACAGGCCCCACAGACAGCAGCGACACUGCAAGCGCCACAAUCAGCCUAAGUACCACAAGUACCACAGACAGCAGUGACACAACCGGAACAGUUUCCACAGACAGUCUCAGCACCAUGAGCACACCUUCUAGCCCAAGGACCACCACAGGCCCAACAGACAGCUCAAGCACACCAGGUACCACAGGCACUGCAAACAGCCCAAGUACAACAAUUCCAACAAACAGUGCUAGCACAACAGGCCCAACUGGAAACCCAAGCAGCACGAUUCUCACAGACAGCACUGAUACAGCUCGCACAACAGACAGCCCAGACAUCAUCAUCACCCCGAGCACCACAGGCCCAACAGGUAGCCAAAGUACCACAGGCCCCACAGACAGCAGCGACACUGCAAGCGCCACAAGCAGCCUAAGUACCACAAGUACCACAGACAGCAGUGACACAACCGGAACAGGUUCCACAGACAGUCUCAGCACCAUGAGCACACCUACCGGCCCAAGAACCACCACAGGCCCAACAGACAGCUCAAGCACACCAGGUACCACAGGCACUGCAAACAGCCCAAGUACAAUGAUUCCAACAAACAGUGCUAGCACCACAGGCCCAACUGGAAACCCAAGCAGCACGAUUCUCACAGACAGCACUGAUACAGCUCGCACAACAGACAGCCCAGACAUCAUCAUCACCCCGAGCACCACAGGCCCAACAGGUAGCCAAAGUACCACAGGCCCCACAGACAGCAGCGACACUGCAAGCGCCACAAGCAGCCUAAGUACCACAAGUACCACAGACAGCAGUGACACAACCGGAACAGGUUCCACAGACAGUCUCAGCACCAUGAGCACAGCUUCCGGCCCAAGGACCACCACAGGCCCAAGCACCAUAGGUCCCACAGACAGCACUGAUACAGCUGGUGCUACAGACAGCCCGGGCCCCACAGACAUCACAAUCAACCCAAGCACCACAGGUCCAACAGGCAGCCCAAGCACUACAGGCACCUUAGUGGUUUUAGGGGAUCCUGCAGUACAAAGAGCCACAGAAGCAGCUGUCGCAGCAGCCAUAACAGCCGCGGCAGCAGCAGCAGCAGUGACGGGAGCAGCAGUAGCAGCAACAGCUGCCGCUUUAGGCGGAUUGCCAAUAAUAGAUGCUGCAGGAAAUGUAUCAGCAGCUGCAAACAGAGCAGCUGUUGCUGCAGAUUCUCUUUUAGAAGUACAGGCCUUGGUGGCACUGGACACAGCAGAACAAGCAGUGGCUGCAGAGGCAGGAAGUCAAGAAGCUCAAGUAGCUGCAGCCUCAGCAGAAGUACAAACUGCAGUAGAUUUGGCAAUAGCAUCCGCGGGGCUGGUAUCAGACAUUGUGAAUGCACUGCGUCCAAGCACGACAGGACCCACAGACAGCCCAGGCACCACAGACAGCACAGGGACCGCAGGCCCUUCAGGAAGCCCAAGAACCACAAGCCCUACAGACAUCAUGGGCACGGUAGGCCCAUCAGAUAGCCCAGCCCCCAUAGACACCACAAUGAAUCCAAGCAUCACAGGCCCAACAGGCAGCACUGAAAUUGCAAGUGCCACAAGCAGCCCAAGUACCACAAACCCAACGGACAGAGCGAGCACCACAGGCCAAACAGACAGCCAAAGUACCACAGGUCCCACAAACAGCACUAAUACAGCUGGUACUCCGGACAGCCCAGGUCCCACAGACACCACCAUGAACCCAAGCACCACAGGCCUAACAGGCAGUACUGAAAUGGCAAGUGCCACAAGCAGCCCAAGUACCACAAACCCAAUGGACAGGGUGAGCACCACAGGCCCAACAGUCAGCCAAAGCACCACAGGCCCAACAGACAGCACUGAUACUGCACGUGCCACAAGCAGCCCAAGUACCAUAAACCCAACAGACAGUGCGAGCACCACUGGCCCAUCAGCCAUCUCAAGCACCACAGGUCCCACAGACAGCACCAAUACAGCUGGCACCACGGCCAGCCUAGGCCCCACAGACAUCACAUUCAACACAAGCACUACAAGACCAACCGGCAGCACUGACACUGAAAGUGCCACAACCAGCCCAAGUACCACAAACCCAACGGACAGAGCGAGCACCACAGGCCCAACAGACAACCCAAGCAUCACAGCUCCCACAGACAGCAUUGACACAGCUGGUACUACGGACAGCCCAGGCCCCAUAGACACCACCACAAAUCCAAGCAUCACAGGCCCAACCGGCAGCACUGACACUGAAAGUGCCACAACCAGCCCAAGUACAACAAACCCAACGGACAGAGCGAGCACCACAGGCCCAACAGACAACCCAAGCAUCACAGCUCCCACAGACAGCAUUGACACAGCUGGUACUACGGACAGCCCAGGCCCCAUAGACACCACCACAAAUCCAAGCAUCACAGGCCCAACCGGCAGCACUGACACUGAAAGUGCCACAACCAGCCCAAGUACAACAAACCCAACGGACAGAGCGAGCACCACAGGCCCAACAGACAACCCAAGCAUCACAGCUCCCACAGACAGCACUGAUACAGCUGGUGCUACAGACAGCCCAGGCCCCACAGACAUCACAAUCAACCCAAGCACCACAGGUCCAACAGGCAGCCCAAGCACCACAGGCACCUUAGUGGUUUUAGGGGAUCCUGCAGUACAAAGAGCCGCAGAAGCAGCUGUCGCAGCAGCCAUAACAGCCGCGGCAGCAGCAGCAGCAGUGACGGGAGCAGCAGUAGCAGCAACAGCUGCCGCUUUAGGCGGAUUGCCAAUAAUAGAUGCUGCAGGAAAUGUAUCAGCAGCUGCAAACAGAGCAGCUGUUGCUGCAGAUUCUCUUUUAGAAGGUACUAUAAAUCCAUCCACAGCAGCACAAGCAGCGGAAGAUGCAGCAGUUGAGGCUCUAUUGGCUGCAAUAGCUGCAGCGCGAGUGGCAACAACAGCAACGGGUGGCUUGGCUUCUCUUGCAAGAGAUUUAUCUGUAGCAGCAGCAAAUGCAGCAUUUGCAGCGAGAGCAGCUGCAGAUGCUGCAGUUUCAGCAGCCAACCUUACGGAAUCUGGAAACAUUACAGCUAAUGCACAAUUUGCCAUAGAAGCUGCAAGAAAUGCCAGCCAAGAGGCUGUGAUGGCUGCACAAACCCUUAGUGCAUUACUUACUUCAACAGACCUUCCGUCAGAAACAGCUGAAACUGUAAGACAAGCAUUGGUGUCAGCUGAAAGUGCUGCUGAAUUAGCAAAUGACACCGCAGUACAGGCCUUGGUGGCACUGGACACAGCAGAACAAGCAGUGGCUGCAGAGGCAGGAAGUCAAGAAGCUCAAGUAGCUGCAGCCUCAGCAGAAGCACAAAUUGCAGUAGAUUUGGCAAUAGCAUCCGCAGGGGUGGUAUCAGACGUUGUGAAUGCACUGCGUCCAAGCACGACAGGACCCACAGACAGCCCAGGCACCACAGACAGCACAGGGACCGCAGGACCUUCAGGAAGCUCAAGAACCACAAGCCCUACAGACAUCAUGGGCACGGUAGGCCCAACAGUCAGCCCAAUUACCAUAGGUCCCACAGACAGCACUGAUACAGCUGGUGCUACAGACAGCGCAGGCCCCACAGACAUCACAAUCAACCCAAGCACCACAGGUCCAACAGGCGGCCCAAGCACCACAGGCACCUUAGUGGUUUUAGGGGAUCCUGCAGUACAAAGAGCCGCAGAAGCAGCUGUCGCAGCAGCCAUAACAGCCGCGGCAGCAGCAGCAGCAGUGACGGGAGCAGCAGUAGCAGCAACAGCUGCCGCUUUAGGCGGAUUGCCAAUAAUAGAUGCUGCAGGAAAUGUAUCGGCAGCUGCAAACAGAGCAGCUGUUGCUGCAGAUUCUCUUUUAGAAGGUACUAUAAAUCCAUCCACAGCAGCACAAGCAGCGGAAGAUGCAGCAGUUGAGGCUCUAUUGGCUGCAAUAGCUGCAGCGCGAGUGGCAACAACAGCAACGGGUGGCUUGGCUUCUCUUGCAAGAGAUUUAUCUGUAGCAGCAGCAAAUGCAGCAUUUGCAGCGAGAGCAGCUGCAGAUGCUGCAGUUUCAGCAGCCAACCUUACGGAAUCUGGAAACAUUACAGCUAAUGCACAAUUUGCCAUAGAAGCUGCAAGAAAUGCCAGCCAAGAGGCUGUGAUGGCUGCACAAACCCUUAGUGCAUUACUUACUUCAACAGACCUGCCGUCAGAAACAGCUGAAACUGUAAGACAAGCAUUGGUGUCAGCUGAAAGUGCUGCUGAAUUGGCAAAUGCCACCGCAGUACAGGCCUUGGUGGCACUGGACACAGCAGAACAAGCAGUGGCUGCAGAGGCAGGAAGUCAAGAAGCUCAAGUAGCUGCAGCCUCAGCAGAAGCACAAAUUGCAGUAGAUUUGGCAAUAGCAUCCGCAGGGGUGGUAUCAGACGUUGUGAAUGCACUGCGUCCAAGCACGACAGGACCCACAGACAGCCCAGGCACCACAGACAGCACAGGGACCGCAGGACCUUCAGGAAGCCCAAGAACCACAAGCCCUACAGACAUCAUGGGCACGGUAGACCCAACAGUCAGCCCAAUUACCAUAGGUCCCACAGACAGCACUGAUACAGCUGGUGCUACAGACAGCGCAGGCCCCACAGACAUCACAAUCAACCCAAGCACCACAGGUCCAACAGGCAGCCCAAGCACCACAGGCACCUUAGUGGUUUUAGGGGAUCCUGCAGUACAAAGAGCCGCAGAAGCAGCUGUCGCAGCAGCCAUAACAGCCGCGGCAGCAGCAGCAGCAGUGACGGGAGCAGCAGUAGCAGCAACAGCUGCCGCUUUAGGCGGAUUGCCAAUAAUAGAUGCUGCAGGAAAUGUAUCAGCAGCUGCAAACAGAGCAGCUGUUGCUGCAGAUUCUCUUUUAGAAGGUACUAUAAAUCCAUCCACAGCAGCACAAGCAGCGGAAGAUGCAGCAGUUGAGGCUCUAUUGGCUGCAAUAGCUGCAGCGCGAGUGGCAUCAACAGCAACGGGUGGCUUGGCUUCUCUUGCAAGAGAUUUAUCUGUAGCAGCAGCAAAUGCAGCAUUUGCAGCGAGAGCAGCUGCAGAUGCUGCAGUUUCAGCAGCCAACCUUACGGAAUCUGGAAACAUUACAGCUAAUGCACAAUUUGCCAUAGAAGCUGCAAGAAAUGCCAGCCAAGAGGCUGUGAUGGCUGCACAAACCCUUAAUGCAUUACUUACUUCAACAGACCUGCCGUCAGAAACAGCUGAAACUGUAAGACAAGCAUUGGUGUCAGCUGAAAGUGCUGCUGAAUUGGCAAAUGCCACCGCAGUACAGGCCUUGGUGGCACUGGACACAGCAGAACAAGCAGUGGCUGCAGAGGCAGGAAGUCAAGAAGCUCAAGUAGCUGCAGCCUCAGCAGAAGUACAAAUUGCAGUAGAUUUGGCAAUAGCAUCCGCAGGGGUGGUAUCAGACGUUGUGAAUGUACUGCGUCCAAGCACGACAGGACCCACAGACAGCCCAGGCACCACAGACAGCACAGGGACCGCAGGCACCACGGACAGCCGAAUUACAAUAAACCCCACAGAGAGCCCAGGCACUGCAGAUGCCGGAGACACUGCAGACACCACAGGCACCCCAGUCAGCCCAUCAGACAGCCCAGGCAUCGUAGGCACCACGGGCAGCCGAAUUACAAUAAACCCUACAGAGAGCCCAGCCACUGCAAACCCCGGAGACACUGCAGACACCACAGGCACCCCAGUCACUGCAGAUAUAACAGGCAGUCUAAGUACCUUAAAUGCCACAGACAUCCCAGGCAAUGCAGGCCCCACAGACAUUGCAGGCAGCUUAACUACAACAAACCCCAUGGACAUCCCAGGCAAUGCAAGCCCCACAGACAUUGCAGGCAGCCUAAUUACAACAAACCCCGCAGACAUCCCAUGCAAUGCAGGCCCCACAGACAUUGAAGGCAGCCUAAUUACAACAAAUCCCGCAGACAUCCUAGGCACAGCAAGCCCCACGAGCAGCCCAAGUUUCACAGCCGACCCAGGCCCCACAAUUAUUUUCGUGGAUCCUAUAGUACAAAGAGCCACAGAGGCAGCCGUUGCAGCAGCCACAACAGCCACGGCAGCAGCGGCAACGGUGACGGGAGCAGCUGUGGCAGCAACAGCAGCUGUUUCAGGUGGAUUGUCAGCAAGGGAUGCUGCAGGAGAAGUAUCAGCAGCUGCAGACAGAGCUGCUGUUGCUUCAGCUUCUCUUUUAGAAGGCACAAUAAAUGCAUCCGCAGCAGCACAAGCCGCAGAAGAUGCAGCAGAUGAAGCUUUGUUGGCUGCAGCAGCUGCAGAUCAAGUGGCAGCAUCAGCGACGGGAGCUAUGGCCCCUUUUGCAAGAAAUUUAUCCAUAGCAGCGGAAAAUGCAGCAUUUGCAGCGAGAGCAGCAGCAGAUGCAGCGGUUUCAGCAGCCAACCUUACGGAAUCUGGAAACAUUACAGCUAAUGCACAAUUUGCCAUAGAAGCUGCAAGAAAUGCCAGCCAAGAGGCUACGAUGGCUGCACAAACCCUCCGUGCAUUACUUACUUCAACAGACCUGCCAGCAGAAACACCUGAAACUGUAAGACAAGUGUUGGUGUCAGCCGAAGCUGCUGCUGAAUUGGCAAACGGCUCGGCAGUGCAGGCCUUGGUGGCACUGGACACAGUAGAACAAGUUGUGGCCUCAGAAGAAGGAAGUCCAGAAGCUCAAUUAGCUGCAGCACUAGCCGCAGAACAAGUACAAAAUGCAGUAGGUCUGGCAAGAGAAUCCACACAGAUUGUAUUAGAUAUUGUGAAUGAACUACCUACAAGUGAGAGAGAAGUUGCCGCAGCUUCAGCAGCAAGCUCCUUAGUGGCCACAGCAACAUCCCUCGCAGCCUCAGUAGCAGUAGCAACUGGUGCAAGUCUAACUGACGAAUUCAAUGUGGCUCUUCAAAGGGCAGAGGAAGCAUCUGAGGCAGCAAGAUUAGCCGCAGAUGGAGAAACCGAUCCAGAAUUAGCUAUAGAGGUAGCUAGAAACGCCUCAAAAGAUUCAGCCGAGGCAGCAGAAUUUGUGGCUCUUGCUGCACUAGCUGCAGCAUCACGAGGAAGUGUUGAGGAAGAGCUUGCACAGUUAUCAUUAGCUGCGGCGAUGGCAGCCAGACAAGCAGCAAUGGCCAGCCCAGGUGAAAUUGACAAAGCUGCAAGAGAAGUGGUAAACGUAUCGAGGGAAGCUUCAGAAUUAUUUACGAAGCUCUCUGGUGAGUCUCCAUCCACACUCACAGUUGAAAUGCUAUCAGCGGUUCAAAAUGCAGAGCAGGUCGCUUUGUUGACAGAAGUUACAGGAGUAAUAGCAGGAACCGUCUGCGAUGGCAUAGACGCACAAUCUGCUGCACAAGCUGCAGCACGAUCCGCUUCAAGAGCAACAGCAGCAGCAGCAAACAGAACUGUUUCUCGUAUAGAAGCUGUUGGUGCUGCACAACGAGCAGUGGUGGCUGGUCUGACAGCCUCAGCGGCAGCAGCUACAGCAGUUGGUGCUGCUGCAGCGGCAACAACCGGGACAUCAGCCCUCCCUGCAUCCAGGAUUGCAUUGACGGCCGCCAGCGAAGCAGCGAGCGCCGCCACAUCACUGAGCGCGGGUGAAGAAACUUCUUUAGACUUUGCUGUCGUUGAAGCAAACGAAGCAGCUGGACUAGCUGGAGAUGCAGCUGAUGCUGCCACAACAGCAGCACAAACAUCUGAAUCAUCUUUGGACCAGCAGCUGGCAGAAUUAGCUCAGGAUUCAGCCAGAAUAGCGGAGAGGGCAGCAAACGCUGCACAGAUGGCGGCCUCCGUCCCAGCAACAGCGCAAAUGAUAGCAGCUGCCCUGGUAGCUGCCACAGAAGUAGAAAGGGAUUUUGCAGAGCUGAGACAACAGUUGGAGAAUUUACUGUCAAGUGCGUCACCAGAAACCUUCAGAAAGCGUGUUGCACUAAACAGCAUCCAUGCUGGGGCAGACUUAGCGCAAUGCGCUGCGAAGUUCUCCAGAAUGGCGGCAGAGUUGGGUGUGACGUUGACCAUGACGCUGAACACCGCAAACGUUGAAGAAAUGGAAUCUUAUGCCUCCGCGACGACAAAAUUGUCCAGGACCACGAUGAAUAACGCCAGGGGGGUGUUCGACAUCACGCUGCAAACAAAUGCUGCAACUAUCAAGAAGUUCUCGUUCACCACAGCACUCGCUGCCGUGGUUACGGUGUUACUAUUAAGCGUGUCGCAGGCCGGACAGAGACAGGACCUCCAGGACCGGGCCCACCUUGGCCAGUGGCAGGCCAUAGACGGACCCGGCAGAGGACAAGGCACAGGAGAAGCACGAGACAACCAGCCCCCAAGCCAGCCAGAGACCAUACCCCGCGCGGGCAGAAAGACGGUACACCUCGUCCCGAAGGGUGCCCAGAGACUCCCCUCAGCCGGAAGGGAAGACCACCCGGCCCCACAAGCAACCGGGUCCCAGGCCGCCCCGCUCAAGUCGGCCGCAGCAGGACCGCCCAGCAAGUAA